AGACGAGGAGGAAGCCAGCACAUGGAUGGCGUCCUCCCGGCAGAGGCGGCGCGGCGGCGCGGGCAGAGGGGACGGCGAGGGCGACGGGCAGCAGGGCCAGCAGGGGCAGCAAGGGCAGCAGGGGCAGGGCCCGACUGCCGUCCGGAGCGGCACGGGCCCAGCGCAGACCCAAGAGAGCGGGCGGCCCGCGGAUGCACCCAGCGCAGUAGGAGGACAGAUAUGGGCUCCAGAGGGGGCCACUGCCUUCAAGUUGCUCUUGUCUGCUCGCUUUUGCUCAGCGCUGCUCAGCAACAUCUCUGACUGCGAUGAGACCUUCAACUACUGGGAGCCUACGCACUACCUGCUGUACGGCACAGGGUUCCAGACGUGGGAGUACUCCCCCGAGUACGCCAUCCGCUCGUAUGCCUACCUCUGGCUGCUGGCCAUCCCCGGCUGGUUCCACAGCCGGGUCCUGCAGGCCAACAAGGUGAUGGUGUUUUACUUCAUGCGCUGUGUUUUGGCCUUCACCUGCUGCCUCUGCGAGUUGUACUUCUACAAAGCUGUUUGCAAGAGGUUUGGCCUCCACGUGGCCCGGCUAAUGCUGGCCUUCCUGGUGUUGAGUCCUGGCAUGUUCCUCUCGGCUGCCGCAUACCUGCCCAGCAGCUUCUGCAUGUACACGACGCUGCUCGCCCUCUCGGGCUGGUACCUGGGCCACGACGGGGUCGCCGUGCUCUCCAUCGCUGCCGGCGCCAUCGUGGGCUGGCCCUUCAGCGCGCUGCUCGGGAUCCCCAUUGCGGUCGACCUGCUGCUGAGGAAAGCGCACGUGAAGGAAUUCCUUUGGUGGUGCUUGGUUGCGCUGCUCGUGUUUUUGUUGCCCGUGGUGCUGGUGGACAGCUACUACUACGGCAAGCUGGUGUGCGCGCCGCUCAACAUCAUCCUCUACAACGUCUUCACACCGCACGGGCCAGAUCUCUACGGGACGGAGCCGUGGACCUUCUAUUUUGUGAAUGGCUUCCUCAACUUCAACAUCGCGUUCCCGCUCGCCCUGCUCGCCCUGCCGCUGGCAAUGCUCACCGAGUCUCUUCUCUCCAAGUACAACAUCCAGCACCUGGGGCGGCCCUAUUGGCUGUCGCUGUCUCCGUUCUACCUGUGGCUGCUCGUGUUCAUCGCUCAGCCGCACAAGGAGGAGCGCUUCAUGUUCCCUGUGUUCCCGCUCGUGUGCCUGCACGGCGCCGUUGCGCUCUCAGCGUUGCAGAAGUGCUACCAUUUUACGUUUUGGCGCUACCGUCUGGAGCACUACACUCACUCGUCGCAGUGGCUGGCGCUGUCCGCACUCGCGCUCUUCUCUGUGCUCUCAGCCUCGCGGACGCUCGCUCAGUUCAAAGGGUACCACGCCCCUUUGGACCUGUUUACCGAGUUCCACCGUGUGGCGGCCGACCCCAGCAUCCACACGCUGGCUGAGGGGAAAACGGUGAACGUGUGCAUCGGCAAGGAGUGGCACAGAUUCCCCACGCACUUCCUGCUCCCUGAAACAAACUGGAAGCUGCAGUUCAUCGCGUCGGAGUUCCGGGGGCAGCUGCCCAAGCCGUACCCGCCAGGAGACGACGCGACGCGGAUCGUCCCCUCCCACAUGAAUGACCAGAACCGCGAGGAGGAGUCGCGAUACGUCGACGUGAAGCAGUGCCACUACCUGGUGGACCUGGACAGGGAUGUGGAGACGGAGCGCGAGCCCCGCUACGUCGCCAGGACGGACGAGUGGAGUGUCGUCGCAUACAGGUCCUUCCUCGAUGCGGCCAGCUCGUCCAAGCUGUUGCGCGCCUUCUACGUUCCGUUCCUGUCGUCUCAGCACGUCGUCUACCGAAACUACACCAUCCUGAAGACGCGCAGAACCGGGCCCGGCAGGAAGAAGCGCACGAGGUUUCCGUGACGGCAUGCCGAAGCGACUGCGCACUUUCUCGAGCCGCAUGUUGACGAUGCGUUUUCCGGUUGCGCUGCGCGUUGUCGGGGGCGCGGCGUCCCGAUUUUCUGCUCUGGUGUGAUAGCCCGGAGCUUCUUCAGGAACUGAAUUAAUUUCCUUAAUUGAUUUGAGAUCAGUUUAAAACUACUAUUUAAGCUAAUUUUUUUUAUUAUUUUGACCAGGGUAGGCCCACUGAGCUAUAUAGCUCUUUUUCCUAAACGACCUGGCCACAAAUUAUAGCUUAAUGAAGUGGCCUCUCAUGUUUAUUCUGAAUGUGAAGGGAAAAACCAGAAUUCCCGGAAAAAAUUCACAUGAGCACGGAGAGAACACGUAAACUCCGGAUAUAUAGUUGUCAGGGUCGGGAUCGAACCCACGAACUCCUGCAUAUCAGGUGAGGUAGUUAACAUCUCACCACCAUGGUGCUGCAGAAGGUACCAGCCAUAUAAAGCAAAACUUCGGUACGUUGGAACUGAAUUUAGGAACCGAACUGAACGCAGUUCCCGAACCUUCCCAGCGCACGGAGAAAAGCGUCGGUACGUCGGGAACUGAAUUCAGCAACCGCUUUGAAUUGAAUUCAGGAACUAUCAGUGAGUUCUUUGAGAAGCUCCCCAGCACACGGAGCGAAACGUCGGACUACGUAACCGUGCGGCACGCAGCAAGACCCAAACGCACUGUCGGAGAGAGCCGUGCAAGCGCGACCCCGCGAAAAACUCGGAGUGUUGUGCCGCAUUGCAGCGAGCGCUCGUUACGAGGGGUGGAAAAACGGUUCGAUCGUCGAUGGCCUUUUUAUUCAGGUAUUCUCGCACGCGUGUUCACGCGUGUUCAAUGACGAUUUUCCAAAAAUAAAUAAACACAAAGCAUUUAAUUAUCGCCCGCAGGUCUUCAGGGCAUGGGUGUUGGUGGCGUGGGGGGAAAAAGCAUUGUGUUAAUGAACAUUGGGAUCCACUUGUAACUUGUGUUUGUCCAAGCUGUGUAUUUCCUCGGUUAGUGUUUAUUUUCUUGGCCCAGAUAACAUAAGAAAAAGGUUAUUUUACUGAUAAGUACAAUGUUUAUACGUGUAGUAAAUGAUGGAUAUAAGCACACCCCAUGGGAGCAAGGCCAGCUGUGCUUGUAUCAGAAGGCGUGAGCCAGUAUCAGAAGUUGCCCUUUGACUUGCGCUCCCACCAGUGUAAUGUAUUUGACCAGGGAAGGCCCACUGAGCUAUAUAGCUAUUUUUCAGAAGCGACCUGACCACAAAUGAUAGCUAAACGAAGUAGCUUAUUAUGGGGGAAUUUAUCGCAUCCAAAUACUCGAAACGCACGUUUCAAACUCCAAAUAUACAGCAGGCGUCAGGGUCGGGCUCAAACCCAAGACAUCCUGUAUACCAGGCGAGGUAGUUAACAUCUCGCCACCCCGGUGCCCUGUUUCUUAUAUCAGAACUGUGCUUAUAGUAAGGUGUGCUUAUAUUCAUCCAGCUUCUACUGUGCUUGGAAUACAAGGGUUGAUAAAGUCCAUGGCCUCACGCCAGAGGGGUGGUGGUACGACGGAGUGAAUGUUUAGACAUAAUUACUUUAAAAGAAGAUUACCAGGAUGUCAAGUUAAUUUAUUGAUUGAAAAAUGUGGAAGCCUGAGCUGAUGGUGGCAAAAAAAUGACUGCAACAAGAGAAUACCACCAUGUGGUUGGUAAAUUAAAAUAAGUUGAGUACAUUCCCCCUACGUCCGGCAGACAUCGUUGUUUCUGCCAAAGUCGGGCGUCACGUUACGCGAGGUCAUGUAAGUUAACCGGAUGCGACAUCUCUAACACCGUGCAGGUGUAGCGUUGGCUUCUGUGAAGACUACCAGAGAGCCUCAUUGAAGUACAUUACAUGUUCAAAUAUCCGACCAUCGCAUAAACUCUUGACCGAUUAAAUCACCCACGUCUAGUGCAGUAUUUAGCAUGGUGCAACUCCCAUUAUCCAUAGAUGCACAGAUAUGCGAGCUUUUUCACAUAUCUGUCUAUUCUUCAGUCCCAAGCGAGGUGGAUAUGCAACAUUGUACUGUCCCGCUAAGUCGACCUGCUAAGGUCGCAAAGGAUUACGUGAUACAUUUGUAAUUGCGCGUAGCAAAAGCGGUGAGUGUAGUUCUUUGGAUAAUGCUGUAUUCGACUGUACAAGUGCAUUCCUCUUAGUCCACUGCUGGAUGAGUGUCUCCCUACGCCUUGUGCCAUGGGGGGUAUUCGAUCACACUUUACCACGCUGGCCAGUGCGGGUCGAUGGACGUGGGGAGCAUAGUUGUGGGAGCAUAGCACAGUACAAUACCGGAUUUUGCUGUACUACCCUCUACUGCUGCCCACCACCAGCCCACAGCACCUGUUGUGCAUGACAAUCAACUAUCCAAGCAUUAUCCAGGCUGAAACCUGUGUAGCUUUUGAUAUCUCACCGGAUCGGGCGCAUUCCGAGUGAUUUGGUGAGUGGCUGUACUUUAAUAUUGCAUGGACUUGAAUGAUGAUGAUGCACAACUCUGAUAUUUUACUUGUAACUGAAGCUUUAUGAUGACCAAACCCUCGGGACCAGAGUGAGCUCACGGUUUGUGGAUAUGGACUUAAAAGGCUGGUGCAUUAACAUCUGCUGUGUAGUCAUUGUUGAGAAAGGCUAAAUCCUGAUGGUCAGCUGUUAUAUCUGUGUAUAUACGUAACACUUGUUGAGCACAGGCUCAAAGGCCCGAAACACUUAAGUGGCCAGCAACGAACAGCAUUGUUGAAGUUGCGAUAGUCAAGUUUAAGUUUGUUUCUUGCACCGAGAAAAGUUAUACGAGCUGGGGAGAAGAGAUGAUGGGAGAGAAUUCUAAAUAACCAGGAGAGAUCAAUGUUGUGACCUGCAGUGUGGUGGCGGUUGAACAGCACGGUGGAUGAGAUGAAACAGUCCGGUAGUCCUCAACGUGGGUGGAUGAUUCGAUGUUCUCGGGAACAGUAACCAUCGUUCAUAAUCGACGUUUUUGGGUUUAGAUCGCCGCGUUAUUUAUAAAUGUGUCG